AUGGAUGGUUCCCUAACUUUUGACGAUAGCCUCUUCGAACGUGAAACAAGUGAAAAAUCCUCACUGCGUUCUGCGUUUCAUCCAAACGUAGUUGGAGACCUAGGUUUUCUGCGUGCCAAUGAUGAGGAUUCUUUAAAGGCUUCGUGCGAUUGGCUGUAUUUAUUUAAACAGUACGAUAAUUGUUUUGAUGGUUUGCUUAAAUUAUGGGGAAGUGUUUGUACCUGUGAUGGGUUUCCUAAGAGAAUUAUUGCUGAAGCUAUUGUACGAUGCUGUGUGAAGUGUCUGCUGUCAACUAGUUACGAAGAUUACAUUGGACAUUUGGUACUUCGUUUCUCUUAUCCUUCAUAUGGAACAAAACAAGAACGAAUUGAAUUAUUAAAACGCCUUCUCCUAGCUGUCCCACCAUGUUUUGUCGACUGUGAUUCUUCUGUUGUUAUUCGCAAAAGUUUGUCUACACAAUCUCAGAUAUGGGCUGAUUUAUCAUCUUUAUGGAAUGAUGCUGAAAUCAAGGAGUUGGUUAGCAAAACAUUUCAUCCUGCUUGGUUUUCCAAAAUAGCAUUGCUUUAUGCUGAGCUUGUCAAUAUUCCCCUACAAAAGGGAGUUGACACUUCUCUAACUUGGGUUGAUAAUUCGCUUACUCGGACGCAAAUUGGUGCAUGUCAAAAACUGGCAUUGCGUAUUUUAACCUCAUACAGUAAACAGUCAAAUAAUUCAACCUUCUCUGGAAUGCUGAACGGAAGCAAUAUUAAUAGUGAUGAAAAUGGCGAACAGUCAAAUAGUGUUUGUGAUACGCAUGAGUUGCCGUUCAUUCCUAAGGAGAAGUGCUGUUCUACUGAUGCGGGGAACAGUGUUUGCGGUGAAAUUCAAUACGUGUUUUUCCAAGUGUUUAUCGCUCCCUUUGGGAAUAUUUAUAUAAACUAA